AUGGCCGACGCAGAGCUGGAGGAGAUCCGACGAGCGCGUCUGGCGCAGCUCCAGCAACAAGGUGGCCCGGGAGCGGGACCCUCCGGCCAAGAGGGCGGCCAGGAAGAACAGAGGAAACAAGCUGAAUCUGAACGCCGCGCCGCAAUCAUAACCCAAAUCCUCGACCCCGCCGCACAGGAUCGACUCGGCCGCAUCCGCCUCGUCAAGGAACAGCGCGCCACCGAGAUUGAGAACCGCUUGAUCAUGCUGGCGCAGACGGGCCAGAUCCGGCAGAAGGUCACCGAAGAACAGCUGAAGGAGCUGUUGAACGCCGUUGCUGAGAACCAGCGCAAGGAGGAGGAGGAGCAGAAGAUUGUGAUUACUCGGCGCAAGGGCGGGUGGGAUGAUGAUGACGAUGAUCUGCUGGAUUUGUGA